ACGUGGCCAUGGGGAAGCGAUACUUCUGCGACUACUGUGACCGCUCCUUCCAGGACAGCCUCCACAACCGCAAGAAGCACCUGAACGGGCUGCAGCACCUCAAGGCCAAGAAGGUGUGGUAUGACACGUUCCGAGAUGCAGCCACCAUCUUGGUAGACGAGCAGAACAAACGGCCCUGCUGGAAGUUUCUGCUGAUAGGCCAGUGCGACUUCGGCUCCAAGUGCAGAUUUUCCCACAUGUCCGGGCGAGACCUGCAGGAGCUGAGCCUCCAGGUGGAAGAAGAGAGGCGGGCCAAGGAGUGGCCGCCAGACACUGUGGAACUCCCCGAGGUCCAUCUGGAGGACUGGCUGGAGAAGAGAGCCAAGCGGCUGAGCUCAGUUCCAAGCAGCAGGGCUGAACCUGCCAGAACUGCUAUCUUCCAGUACCCCGUGGGCUGGCCACCAGUACAGGAGCUGCCCCCGUCCCUGCGGGCACCCCCCCCCGGGGGGUGGCCCCUGCAGCCUAGUGUCCAGUGGGGCUGAGCCC